AUGAGAUGAAGAUUGUGGGAAAGACUGACACAGAUGAUGACCAAAAGAGGCGCUUCUGUCAGGACUGGUGUUGAAUCUAGAAGACACCUUUCAAGUUGAUUGGAUUCACUGCUCCAGCAUGAAGGUUCAUAGUUUGUUCUGUCUGCUGCUGUUCAUAGGAUGCAUAGUUGCAGAAAUUAUUCAGGGAAUAAAGUUAUGGAAUAAAAAACCAAUUAGCAGUAAUAAUAUUAGUGAUGGAAUAUUCCAAGAAUUUGAGAGCCAAGGCCAAAGUAAAUCUGGUAUCAAUGACAGUCUCAGAGAAACCUAUUCUAAAUCAAUAUCGCAGAAUUUUAGACAUUCAGAAUUAGUUAAAACUCCACCUUUGGACAACACUGAACUGAAAUAUGGACAAUUCCUCGACAGAAAUAAAUUAAAUAUUGAAAAUAUAAAACAUGAAGAUGAAGAAGAAGAAGAAAAUGAUCAUCAAUUUCCAAAAUCACAAAGAUUUAACAAUAUUGGAGAUUACGAAGUGCACAAAACUGAAGUAUUCGUUGAUGGGGACCCACUGACGUCAGACCAGUUGACAAUGACAUUACUCUCCAACAUCAGCAAUAUUAAUGUCACCUUGCAGCGCAGUCCUUCAUCCAUUCUUAUGGAAGAUAUGGACUUAAUGCAGCUAUUUUUCAAGAGAGGAAAGCUAAAGAUUGAAAAGGAACAGCUACCUGUUGACCUUCACCAACAUAGUCAGCAUUUCUUCCAGAAUGUAGAUGAAAGUGUCAUCGUUAGUGUUCGACCAAAUGGAAUUAACGACAUUCAUGUGGAAGGAAUGGUGAGUGAUGAACUGUUCCUGCUGCCCCCUGGUGGCAGUGUUCGUCAUAAAAGAUCAGUUGAAGUUGCGAGUCACACACUCUGGAGACAAACUACACCAGUAAUGGUACUGGAUGAAAUAAUGGGCAUUCCUUUACCAUUACCAAAGGAAACGGAGGAGAGUGUGAACCGAGUGAAGCGGCAUGCUCUGAAUGCAGUUCCUUACAUUGAUGUGGAAGUGUGUGUUCUUUUAGAUUAUGCUCUUUAUUUAAAGGCUGGCAGGAACUUACGAGACCUGGCCGCAUAUAUGCUGCACUUUUGGCAUGCUGUUAACCUUCGUUUUGCCACAAUACAAGAUAUGAGGAUUAACAUAAAACUGAAGACAGUUGGUGUCUUUCAGGAUGAAGAAUCACAGCUAUUUCUCAAGAACAAUAUGCUUCAGGGUAACAAAAGAAUAUUUGAAGCUCGGCAUGCCCUGUCAGACUUACAAAGAUGGCUUAGCUAUCAUUACAGAGACUUCAAGAAAUUUGAUGUCAUCUUUUUAUUGACUGGAGAUGAUGGUUGUGUUUUCAGUGGUCAAGCUUGUGAAAAACGAGUCACUGGGGUGUCAUACGUCGGAGGAGCCUGUCGAAGGCACUGGCUGAUGGGAGCCCUUAAUGUGGCAAUUGGAGAAACUGACCUUGUGUUUAGGGGUGUCUUUACAGCUGCACAUGAAGUUGGUCAUUUGCUUGGUGCGCCACAUGAUGGAGAGUCUGGUGCUGAAAUGUGCACAACCAAUUCUGGCUACCUCAUGAGUUACAACAGAUCUGACCCAAUUAAGGCACACAGAUUUUCAACAUGCUCAAUAAAAAAGUUUAAAGAAUUCUUAAGAACAACUGCUGCUCAUUGUCUGUGGAAUCGUGCAGUGGAGCCGAUUCCUUAUCCUAAAGUUUUACCUGGCCAACAAAUGAAGUUAAAGGACCAAUGCUAUAAUUAUGUAAAAGGAGAACCGUGUGAGGUCAGUGAAUUUCAGUGUCACCAUUUGUGUUGUUAUGAUGAGAAACGGAAGUAUAUAUUCACCAGAGAACAACCAGCAGUCCAUGGAACUGACUGUGGAAGAAAUGCUAUUUGUUACCAUGGGAAAUGUCUGAUGAAAGACCAACUUUCUGGCAGGAUUUAAAGAAAAACAAUCUUGAGGAAGAGGAGGAGGAGGAAACUCUUUUAUUUCAUUCUGAAUGUUCUUGUCUGAUUGAAAGAGAAAUAAUAAAAUAAGUUUCACAUAAA